AUGGAAGUACUGCCAACAGAAAUUCAACAUUGGAAAAGAAAAUGGUCUAACAAACGAGAAAAAGACCAACCAAAUUCAGCCAUUGAAGCAUAUAUUAAAUGUAAUUAUGAUUAUUUUCCAAACAUAUCUUUUCUUUUGAAGCUAUUAGCCACAUUACCAGUUUCGACUUCUACGCCAGAAUGUACAUUUUCAACCAUGAAAAGAUUAAAAUACUAUUUACGUAACUCAUCAGGCCAAGAACGACUUACAGGUUUAGCUCUUUUGAGUGUUCAUAGGCAAAUUCAUAUCGAUCCGGCCGAAAUUAAUGAUCGUUUCGCCAAAGAAAAAAAUUGA